UUUAACUGGUAGCCAGCAUGAAAACUUGAGACUAGAAGUUAUCAGCUCUCCUACACCACUGCAGAAGCAGCUUUUUAGAAGUGGUGCUGUGUUUUAUUAUUUUGUUUUUUUGACAGAGCAUACUGCAAAUAUAUGCUUUUUUCUGUGAUCUGAUCUUUGAAAGUUCUGAAACUUGGUGUUAAAACAGGUUUAUAAUUAGGGGAUCGAUUUAAAAACACACAGACACAAGAAGAAAACAAAUAGUCAGAGAUACUGUUGGGCAAAUAUUUGUCUUUUAUGCGUAAAAGAGUCACAGUGCAGGGCCACACCUUUGAUCAUUUGUCAGGUAUAACAGCUAUAUAAAGUGGACUAAAAGAAUUGAGCGAUCACAUUCAGGAGAACGUUCUUGAAAGUAACUAUCAAAAAUGGAACAUCACUUCUCUGUAAUGAGGACAUUCCUGCUGGUCAUUGCUGUCUUUGUGCCACCGUGCCUAACUUUUCCUCCAAAUGUUGGUCACUGUCCGUCAAACUUUGAUGGCCCUUUUCCUGAAAUCCCGAUUACCUGUCAUUGGGAUAUUGAUUGUCCUGUUGGCUACAAAUGCUGUGUGUUCAAUAACAUAGCAGUAUGUGUCCCUUCAAUCCCUGUUGAAAAAAAGUGUCCUGACCGAAGUGGGACCAUAGGGUUAUGUGUGGAAAACUGCUUUUCUGAUUCUGACUGCUCAAACGGUCAACUAUGCUGCUCCAAUGGGUGCGGACAUGAUUGCACACCUCCAAUAAUAGUAAAGCCAGGUCAGUGUCCUGAUCCCGGAUUCACACAUCAGUGUGGCACAAGGUGCUUCCAGGAUGGUCAGUGUUCAGGAGAAAUGAAGUGCUGUCCAACGUCCUGUGGUCAAGCCUGCAGACACCCGAUCUGAUCCCACACUCAGCAACACAUUCAGAUCACAUGGGCUGUCUGUUUCAAAGAGAAACAAAUAAAAAAAAAUCUCAAUUUCAA